GAUACUGCGACUUUAUUUCUUUCUUUAUUUCUAAUAAUGCCAGCACCAUUAAUAUCUCCUGCAGAAAAAAGUUAUAUAGAACAAGGAAUAGAACAAGAUUGUCGCGCUGAUGGUCGUGGAAGAUUGGAAUAUCGUCAUAUUGUCCUUGAAUCUGGUUUACUCUCUCAAGCAAGUGGUAGUGCUCGUUGUAGACUAGGUGAUAGUGAUGUUCUCGUAGGUGUUAAAGUGGAAAUUGGUGAAGUUGAUCAAGAAAAUCCCAAUGUAGGUCGUAUUGUUUGCAAUGUGGAAUGUUCACCUAGUGCGUCACAACAAUUCGAAGGACGUGGUGCUGAUGAUAUCAACAAUACCUUGACUUUAUCAUUGGAUCGACUUUAUAAUGGACCUCAAAGUGGUAUUGACCUCGAAAAACUAUGCAUUAUACCUGGUCAAAAUUGUUGGGUGAUAUAUAUUGAUGCAAUGGUGAUGGAUUGUGCUGGAAAUCUAUUUGAUUGUAUUGUUAUGACCACAAGAGCCGCUUUACACAACACACGUAUACCAAAAACCGAAAUUCAAGAUUUAGGAGAUGGUGAAUUUGAAUUUGAUGUGGUGGAUGAUAUAGAAGAUGCUGAAUCCAUUAUUGGUUGGGAUCGAUCACCUAUCUCAGUCACUUUAUAUAAGAUCGCUGAUCGAUAUAUCAUUGAUCCUACGAUUUUGGAAGAAUUAUGUUCACAGGUGACAUUAACGGUUGGAGUCAACAAAGAAGGACAAAUAUGUGGUAUUCAAAAAUCAGCAACUGGUAGCAUUGAUCCAAGUUUAUUGACCGAAAUGAUUCAGAGUGCCACAAAUCUCGCCAAGCCAUUAUUGCAACAAUUAGAUACCAAACUAUUGGAAGACGAAGCUCAAGUUCAAGAGAAACGAAAAUUGGGUCAGCCUGUGGAAAAACUUGGAUUCUUUGCCGCUGUGAUUUAGCUUUAUUAUUAGUCAUUAUCCAUACAUCUCUCUUAGCAUCUUCAUUUCUUUUUUAUUGUAUUCUUCAAAUAAACAUUUUCAUUCUUUUUUAUUAUUAUUAUAAUUAUUAUUACAACCCUAUUAUUAUUCUAUAUUACCAAAUAUUCCAUACUGACCAUCAUCAUAUCAAAUAAAAAAGUAAAC